AUGUUGAUGGCACUUUUUUCUCUUUUCAUUUUUCAUUACACUAUAAAAAUGUUUGAAGCACGCUUACUCCGUAGCUCUAUUUUAAAGAAGGUUUUGGAGGCAAUUAAGGAUCUUCUGACACAAGCUACGUUUGAUUGUGAUGACAAUGGAAUACAGUUGCAGGCAAUGGACAAUUCACAUGUGUCAUUGGUGUCACUUACUUUGCGGGCAGAUGGCUUUGAUAAAUAUAGAUGUGAUAGAAAUAUUUCCCUGGGUAUGAACUUAAGCAGUAUGUCAAAGAUUCUCAAAUGUGCUGGUGAUAAGGACACGGUGACAAUGAAGGCACAGGACAAUGCGGACACAGUCACCUUUGUGUUUGAAAGUCCUAAUCAAGAAAAAGUAUCAGAUUAUGAAAUGAAACUCAUGAAUUUGGAUCUUGAACACUUGGGCAUUCCAGAGACUGAAUACAGUUGUACAAUCCGCAUGCCAAGCGCUGAAUUUGCCAGAAUCUGCCGUGAUCUGUCUCAGUUUGGAGAGUCAAUGGUUAUUUCUUGUACAAAAGAAGGUGUAAAAUUCUCGGCGUCGGGUGACAUUAGUACAGCAAAUAUUGCACUGGCACAAACUGCAUCAAUUGACAAGGAAGAGGAGGCAGUCGUUAUUGAAAUGGACGAACCUGUCACCCUUACAUUUGCCUGCCAGUAUCUCAAUUACUUCACAAAAGCGACCUCACUAAGUAACCAGGUCCAGCUUUCGAUGUCUGCUGAUGUACCAUUAGUAGUGGAAUAUCGCAUUCCAGAUAUUGGUCACAUCCGCUACUAUUUGGCACCGAAAAUUGAGGAGGAAGAUAGUUAA